AUGGAGGAAAUAUCGGCCCAGGAAGCAGCAGGAUCUCCAAGGGUCCAGUUUCAGCCUUUGGAGACCCACUCUGAGGGUCUGUCCCCAGAGCCUCAGUUCGUGCAGGACACCGACAUGGAACAGGGACUCACUGGGGGAUUUCCAAUUUACAAGCCUGAUGGGAUCUCCCAGCUGGAACAAGAUCUACAGGUCUUUGAUCUGGAAACUAAGAAUAGAGAAGUCUUAAGAGAUGACUGCUCAGAUGGAGAGACCAGAGAAGAAAACAAGCUGUUGAUUCCUAAGCAGAAAAUUCCAGAAGAAGUACAUUCAUACAAAGUGAGAGUAGGAAGACUCAAAAAGGAUAUUGCCCAAGUUCCUGAGACUAGAGAAGUGUAUAAGACUGAGGACAGAUUAGAAAGGCUUCAGGAAAUCUUAAGGAAAUUUCUCUUCCUGGAGAGAGAGUUUAGGCAAAUAACAAUCAGUAAGAAAACCUUCACCAGUGAGAAGAACAGUGAAUGUAAUGAACCUGAAAAAAGCUUCAGUCUGGACUCAACUCUUGAUGCAGAUCAGAGAGUUCUUAGAAUACAGAAUGUUGAUGACAUUGAUAAGUAUGACAUGAGCCUCAACCAGAAUUCAGCUGGUAAACAUGAGCAAAUAAAUCUAACACAGGAUUUUCAGAGUAAUGAGUAUAAGGAAAGUUUAAUGGAACUCUCCCACCUUAAUAAAUGGGAGAGCAUUCCUGCCACUGAGAAAUCCUAUAAAUGUGAUGCAUGUGAGAAAAUCUUCCAUCAGAGCUCAGCCCUUUCUAGACAUCAGAGAAUUCAUACUAGGGAGAAACCCUACAAAUGUAAAGAAUGUGAAAAAUCUUUCAGUCAGAGUUCAAGUCUUAGUCGACAUAAAAGAAUACACACUAGAGAAAAACCCUAUAAAUGUGAAGCAUCUGAUAAAUCCUGUGAGGCGUCUGACAAAUCCUGUAGUCAGAGCUCAGACAUAAUUCAGCAUAAGAGGAUUCACACUAGAGCAAAAUCUUAUAAAUGUAGCAGUUGUGAAAGAGUCUUCAGUCGUAGUGUACACCUCACUCAACAUCAGAGAGUUCACAGAGAGAUGCCUUGUAAGUGUACUGUGUGUGGCAGUGACUUCUGUCAUACCUCACACUUAGCUGAACAUCAGAAGGUCCAUUGUGAAGAGAAGUCCUAUGAAUACAACGAAUGUGGGUUGACCUUUAUUAAGCAUCAAGGAAUUCGUCUCAGAGAAAAGCCCUAUACAUGUAAUGAAUGUGGAAAAGACUUCAGAUUGAAUUCCCAUCUUAUUCAGCAUCAAAGAAUUCACACAGGAGAGAAACCACAUGAAUGUAAUGAAUGUGGAAAAGCUUUCAGUCAAACCUCAUGCCUUAUUCAGCAUCACAAAAUUCAUAGGAAAGAGAAAUCCUAUGAGUGUAAUGAUUAUCAGGAUAAUUUCAACCAUAGCUCAGAUCUUGUCCUGCAACAGGAAGUCCUCACCAGAGAAAAAGCCUUUGAUUGUGAUGUAUGGGAAAAGAACCUCAGUCAGAGAGCACACCUCGUCCACCAUCAAGGAAUUCAUACCAAAGAGAAACCUUGUGAAUGUAAUGAAUGUGGGGAGACAUUUAGUCAAGUUCAGGCCUCAUUCAGCAUCUGAGAGUUCACACCAGUUCAUGUGUGUCCUGAAUGUGGUAAAGGAUUUGGUCCCAGCUCAACCUUUAUUCAUCAUUGGGGAAUUCACACCAGAGAGAAGCCUUCUGAAUGUGACGAACGUUGGAAAGCUAUUAGUCCGUGUUAAACUCUUUACACCUGCGAACCCAUAUCAAUGAGAAAACCUACAAAUACAUUGAAGGUGGUAGAUGCUUCAUGCUAUUUUCAUACCUUAGUCACCAUUGGAGAAUUCAUACUGGAAUAAAAUUCUAUAAAUGUGAUGCAUGUGAGAAUAUCUUCCAUCAGAGCUCAGCCCUUUCUAGACAUCAGAGAAUUCAUACUAGAGAGAAACUCUACAUAUGUAAAGAAUGUGAAAAAUCUUUCAGUCAGAAUUCAAGUCUUAGUCGACAUAAAAGGAUACACGCUAGAGAGAAACCCUAUAAACGUGAAAAAGCCUUCAGUCAAAGAAACUACAUGGUGAGCAUCAAAUUCAUUUCAUGCCGAAUACCUAUGAAUGUAAUAAAUGUGUAUGUGUGGGAGGAUUCAGCCAUAUGCCAACCCUCAUUCAGCAAAGAAUUCAUACCCAAGAGAAGUCAUUUGGGUAUAUAGUAAAUGACAAGUCUAGGAGUUCAAGUCUUUUUUCAUCAUCAGAAUAUCCACACCAGACAGGAAUUUGAUAUAAUGCAAGUGGAAACAUUUAGCACCGUAUUUCAGGCUUUAUUCAACAUCAAAAUAUUGAAGGGAAAAUUAUUAUUUGCAUAUGAAAUCGUUAAUAUAUAGUCCCAGUCUUUUUCAUUGCAGAAGAAUCUAGUCAGAGGAGUGACUUGGUGAAUGCAGUUCCGUUUUCUCGUGGCAUUCUUUUAUUUAAUAGGUGUUAUAAGUAGGUAUGUAUGCUUUAUUUAUGGAACUCAUUUAAGCUAUUUUUAUUUUUAUUUUUAUUUUUUUUUGUGGUACACGGGCCUCUCACUGUUGUGGCCUCUCCCGUUGUGGAGCACAGGCUCCGGACGCACAGGCUCAGCAGCCAUGGCUCAUGGGCCCAGGCGCUCUGCGGCAUGUGGGAUCUUCCCGGACUGGGGCACGAACCCGUAUCCCCUGCAUUGGCAGGCGGACUCUCAACCACUGUGCCACCAGGGAAGCCCCUAAGCUAUUUUUAUUUUAAUGUGGCCUAUAAACAUUUUUAUUUUUCCUGAAGUUGGUUCUUAUUGUUCACAGCUUCCCUAAGAUAAAUUGAUACACCAAUGUUAAAACAUGUCAACUUCUGGAAGGUUUCUCAUUUAGCUUUUUCUACUGUUCUCAGUCAAAGUUCUCUCCAAAACAGACUCUUAGGCCUGCUGUUUUCUGAGGACCCUAUUUCUUUCCAGCCGUAACAUUUGGAUUCCUGUUGAUUUCUCCAUUCUCUUAAGCACCUUCAAUGAUGGUUUCCUAGUUUUAAGCUUUACACCAGCAGGUAUGCCACCCCUACUUGCUUUUUUGGUGUCUUCUGUCCUAAUGCAAAUUAUCUUCCUUUAAAAGAAAUGGAUUUACACACCCUGUCCAUCCAUGAGUAUGAAGGAUUCUGUUUCCCCUGAGUUUGUGGCGGGCAGCUAAACAUUUUCAAGUGACACCCAAAUUCUUAGCUGUGUUAGCAUUCACAGCCUUCUAAAAGAGAUGAAAAAGACCUUAGGAAGCCAACAAGACUGGUGGUAGCCUAGCUAUAUUCAGCGCCUAUUCUGCAUGUCUAAGUUCAGAAUUAUUUUAUAUAUGUCCAUUGAAGGCCAGCAGAAUGCUCAAGUCUGCUUUUGAUAGGGUAAAACGUAAAGAACAUAUACUAAAAUCAGAGAUCUUCGUAAGGGAAUGCUGCCUUCCAUCAAAGAUAUUGCUGUUCUUGUGUAAUAUCUUUAUAGUAUAUUUCAAGAAUGGCAGAUAUGCCUGUAAAAUCUAACCAUUACAGUUUUUCAUUACCCGUUUUUAAUUGUUUACACAUCAUCAUAUUUUUUGUAUUUUACUAGAGUCUACAGGCCAUAUAAAAUAACAUUUUUUUUUGAUUGAUGAAACUGAGCACAGAUGUUGGCUCCAGAGUUCAGUGUCACUGUCAUAACACCUAGCAAGAGUUCAUGAUUCUUUAGAUGAUGUCAAAGCAUUCUAUUGCAUUUUUCCAUCUUAAGCGUCAACAUAUUUUGUGAAUAAGACAGUGUUAUUUAAAAUUCUAGUCGUCGUUCCGGCGAUUGAGGCUUUCAUAAUUCAUAUGUUAAAAUAUUCUCUAGGGAUCCUUAACAAAUAUAUAAAAAUUCAUUGCUUACUCUGUAAGCCUCUUAUGGCUAAUAACCUCUAGGGUAGUUCUACCACAGUAUUUUACCUCUUAGCCAUCAGCAAGCAUAGGAUCUCAUCAGGGCACGGUAGGGACCUAAAUGAAUGAUCUAAAUGUAAAAGCAUAUGAAAAAUGCAUGUUUUCGUUUUCCUGUCUAUGACCAUAUAUACCCUAUGGAUAGAGAACACGGGUAAUCACCUCCAGUGAUUAUGAAACAGAGGAUUAAGUAAUCUCUAAAUAGCAGAAAAUGUAAAAAUCACAUGUAUGCAUUUGGUUUAGGAAUGUGCUUUUGUACUUCCACUUGAAUAAAGGUGUGUUUGGUACUCUGAGAA